AUGGCUACGUCUACUCGAAUAUUUUCAUUUGGCUUAGGAAAAUCACCAAGUCGAUCGUUAGUAAAAGGUCUCGCUCGUGCGACUAAUGGUCGAUUUGUUUUUAUUCCACCCAAUGCAAACGUCGAUGUAUACGUUGGAGAACAAUUACAAAAAGCACUUCAACCAUGUAUUACCAAUGUUCGUGUUAAAUGGAAUCUUGGUGUUCCAGUUCAGAGUGCUCCAACUCAAUCACCUCCAGUCUACGUCAACGAUCGUCUGAUUGUUUACGCUCUGAUCGACGAUAAAACGGCUUCUUUUGAUCACAAUUCAUCUGUCGAACUAGAAACCGAGUUCGAUCAUUGUUCAUUAGGUGUGGCCAAAGUCGAUCAUAUACCGAGUGUGAGCAACAACGAAACACUUGCUCGUCUAGCGGCUAAAGCACUCAUUCUUAAAUUGCAACACGCCAAACUACCAUCAUCGAAUAUGAAAAGAAUGAAAACAGGUUCGACACAAUCACGAUUUCAAGAAUUGCAAGAAUCGGCGGCAACAAAUGAGGAGAAAAUGGAAAUAUCAUCGAAGGAGACAACCAAACAACGUAUUAUUGCAUUAUCGUUGAAAUACAAUAUUUUGAGUCCUCACACCGCAUUUGUUGGUAUCGAGAAACGAACAAAUACCAGUAAUAUCGACAUGGUUCUUCGCGAAGUACCCAUUCAAAUUUCUGCCGACGAUCAGCACCUGCAGAUGUCCCCGCAAGGAUCGUUUUCGAGUGGUGGUAGAGGCGGACGUGGACUUGGUGCUGGAGGCGCUCUUAGACAUCCACCAAAUGUAAACCUGGAAUUACAGGAAGAUGAAGUAUCGUUUGAUGCACGUAUGCCUUUAUCAACAGCUUAUAAACCAAUAUCCUCAAUGACAGAAGAUAUUUCCAUGCAUGAUGAAGACGAUAGCUUCUCCGACUCAAUGUCUAAGAAAGAAAAGAAAAAAUCUUCGAAAAAAGAAACAUGGCCAUCGAAUGAUCAAGAUAUCGUUCGGUAUUUGAUCAACAAACAAAAAUUUGACGGUCUUUGGUCUCUUGACUCACAAGAUGUUAAGAAGUUGACUGGAAAAACACUUGCUGACUUUCAAUCACAAAAUGGUCAAGUCGAUCAUCAGGUGCUUGUCUCAGCCAUUAUCAUUGCCGUGCUUGAGACACGUUUUUCUGCGUUGGCAUCCAUGUGGUACGGUAUCGUCCAAAAGGCUCGUAAACGUCUCACUGAUCUACUUGGAACAGACUCAAAAAAUCUCGAUCAACUUCUUGAAAAUAUUCGUAAACAAUUUUAA